AUGCAAUUCCUCCUCGGCUUCGAACCCAUCGUUGGAUUGAAUGUACCGCUCACGUACUUUGGCAUUCCGGGUCGCGCCGAGUUUAUUCGCCUCCUCCUCACGCACGGCAAGAUCAACUUCAAGGACACGCGCUAUUCGUUCCCCGACUACUUUGCCAAGAAGGGCGAGCUCAACCUGCCGUUCAACCAGGUCCCGACGCUCCAGGUCAACGGCGCGACCACGUACGGUCAGUCGCUCGCCAUCGCGCGUUACGCCGCCAAGCUCGCGGGUCUCUACCCGGCCGACCCGCUCGCGGCCCUCGAGGCCGAUGCGGCUGUCGACGCGAUCGUCGAGCUCUUCAACGCCGUCGUCGACGCCGUGUACAAGACGCAGGGCGACGAGGCGCAGGCGGCCAAGUUUGAGACCAUCAACAACGAGACCUUCCCGCGCAUGCUGCGUCAGCUCGAGGCGCGCGUCGCCGGUCCCUUCUUCACGGGUGCCGACAUGACGUUUGCGGACGUCUACCUCUUGGACUUUGCGGUCCACACGCUCUCGAGCGACAAGAUCACGGUGCGCCUCGCUGAGUAUCCCAAGCUCCAGACGAUUGUCGACCGUGUGCGCGCGACGCCGCAGAUCCACGCGUACUUGACCAAGUAG